CUACCGUCUAGUCAUAUAGAGAAACAGUUCUGCAUUUUAGGCCUGAGCUGAACCUGUCGCACACCCGUUUGUGUGUUCAUGAAGUUUUGAAAAGUUAUUUUCUCAGACAUUCAAAUCAAAAAACUCGCCAGAGGAAACUUUUUGAAUAAGUCACUCUUAUCCACCGGUGUAAAAUUAUUCCUAACAAUGGAUGACCAGACGGAAAUAAGCUCCACGACACCCUCAGAUGGCUUUCACGAUGCUGAAGAAGAAGAAUACAGAGAAGAAAAACACGCGAAGUCGUUGAUGGAUGAAGAAGGUGACUUCUUUGAAAGAGAGGCAGACGCUAAAAAUCCAGACUACGGUAGUAUCUUAGAUCUGGUCGGAGGAGCGGAAGAUGCGCUUGAGAGGCACAGGUCCACGCUGCCACGUACCGAAGAGCCUCAUCUGCUGGACUUUACAGAUCCAGAACCAUCAUCCACCUCUAAACCAGAACCAGAAGCUGUCAAACCAGCACCGAUCUGUGCUUUUGGAGGUGCGACAGCAAAACCGGAAGAAAAAGAAGAGAAAACAUCAGUCACACCAUCCAAAUCUAAAUCUUGUUGUUCAUUGGUGGACCUGCUGUAUUGGCGAGAUCUUCCGAGGACGGGGGUGGUGUUUGGAGCCAGUCUGCUCCUGCUGCUGUCUCUCAGCGCGUGCAGUAUUAUCAGCGUUAUCUCCUACAUGACCCUUGCCCUGCUGUCUGUCACCAUCUCCUUCAGGAUAUAUAAAGGCAUUUUACAGGCCGUUCAGAAGUCUGAAGAUGGACACCCCUUCAAGAUGUAUCUGGAUAAAGAUGUGGGGAUCUCUUCAGAGUUGGCUCAUAAGUACGGUGACACGGCUCUGGUGCACUUCAACUCUUUGAUUAAGGAGCUGCGACGACUCUUCCUGGUGGAGGAUCUGGUGGACUCGCUCAAGUUUGCAGUUCUCAUGUGGAUCCUGACCUAUGUUGGUGCCUUGUUCAAUGGUCUUACCAUUCUUAUUUUGGGUCUCAUAGGUGCUUUCAGUUGGCCGGUGAUCUAUGAAAAGCAUCAGGCACAAAUUGACCAUUACUAUGGACUGGUGAACAAACAAGUCAAAGAUGUUCUGGCAAAGAUCCAGGCCAAGAUUCCCGGAGCAAAGCCAAAGACAGAGUGAAGAAAGUUAGCUAGUGUGUUAUUUCCGUGCACGAGAAGUGAUGGUGGAACAAGCGAAGACAGACAGAACCGUGUUUGGUUUGGACAAAGGCCUUAGACGAUGCAAUGUAAACUUUACCCCCUCCCCUCCCGUCCCCCCAGUGUUUGAGUUGUUAGCGUAACUGAGAAUGAACCCUUUUUAAACCUCUUAUCAGUGUCUCUCACAAGCGGAGGCAUCACUUUCACAGUAGAUCUAGUUCUCCCUGUUUUGAAGUAAACACCAUUACAGAAUGUAGUCUGAGGAGCUGAUGUUGGCAAAGGCAGGAAUUGAUGAGGUUUUUUAAUUUAAUAUUCAUUCAGUGAAGCGUUCACCUCAUUUGAUUCAUUUCAGUGUGAUAAAGGGAGUACAUCUUUUGGUUACAAAGUUCCUUCACAACAAGUCUUUUGUUUUUAGCUCUUUUAUUUCUUCCCUUUUCGGUUGUACUUGGCGUGCAUUGAACACAGUGGUGUUGUUGUGUAACUGUGUUAAAGUUGGUGCAGUUCAGUCGUGUUCGAGGUGAAGAUGCUUCUAGUCUUCUGUUGCAGAGUUUAAGAGCAGUUUUAUUUCGCACAUAACAAGGGUUUAUCUGUUAUGGCAUAUUGCACCUAACUAUUCAUUGUUUUUAGCAGUUUAGUGAAAAACUAAAAAGAAUUAAAUAAAAAGCAAACUAGAAGGUAUGCUGUGUUGGCCCAUCACCUUCCUAUCAUGUCAAAAUCAACAUCAUGUUUGCAGAAUUUGCCGUCUCCAUCGUGGAUCGAAUACCUGAAACGGCACACACUCUAAAACUUCAAGCUCUGUUUCUUCAUGCAGGUCAUUUGUAAAUGAUAAUUCAGUUUUGAUGAAAAUAUGCUGAAGACUGUCUGUGAAAUGCGUUGUGAAAAAUAAGCCGACAAAAUACCAAUAAAGCUUGUAGACAAACUAAA